ACGUAGAAGAAGAAAACACCGGAAGUGCAAAGUUGUUAUUGUGAACCAGAUAAGACUUUCCUUUUUUAACUUUGUUGAUUCUAAACAUUUCAUACAAAAAGUCGGGAUGGAAAAGCUGAUCAGUUGUUUUAGGAAGAGGCCGGAUGCUGUGUCCAGGUUGAUUUGUUUCCCCUGGGCAGGCGGAGGCUCCCUACAUUAUGCACGCUGGGGGAACAUGCUAAAUAACUCCAUAGAAGUGCUUGCUGUCAAACUUCCAGGGCGGGAAAGUCGAGCCAAGGAGCCUUUCUUUGAAAACAUGCAACAGAUUGUGGACGAGAUUCUUCAUGUCUUGUUGCCUCUUUUAAAAGAGAAGCCAUUUGCCCUUUUUGGCCACAGUUUUGGUGCUUACACAAGCUACGCUGUUGCAGAGGCACUGAAGAAAACCCACAACAUCCAGCCAGUUCACAUCUUCCUGUCUGGUGCAUCUGCACCUUAUUCCGAGGCCCGCAUCAAAGCGGCCUCGAGGAGCGACUUGUCCGACCAGCAGUUCCUGGAGUGGCUGACUUCCAUCGGAGGGACGCCGCCUGAGCUGCUGGCCAACCAGGAAGUGCUGAGACUCUUCCUUCCUGCCUUGAAGGCCGACCUGCACCUGGUGGAGAACUACCAGUGCGUGCGACCAGUCAGUCCCUUCCUGUCCUGUCCAAUCACGUGUCUGGACGGCAAGCAGGAUGUUCCUCACGACUUGCAAGCCUGGAAAGACAUCACAGCCGGAGAUUUCACCGUCACAAUGCUUGAAGGAUCUCAUUUUUACCUCAAGGAUCCCAGGAACGAAACAAUCAUCUUGGACUUUAUCACUAAAAACCUCGAAAUGUCAGGAAUGGACUAUUUGUGAGGAAAUAUGAAACCAUGGAUUUAACCUCUUAA